AGAAAGACAAAGGGUGAUAUGGAAGUGUACAAUUUGUGAAGGCCCAAACUAGGCCUCCCUUUGCAUUCCUGCAGUGAGUGCACCAACUUCUUUUCCCAGCUCACUCCCGGACCAAGACCCUCAGCUGUCCUCCCAGGCUUCUGCGACAGCUGAAGGGUGUGCAGAGGAGGGGACUUAGGGGGUCCAGGCUGUGCUGGUCACACCCUCAUCGCUGCACUCUGGGCCCAGGCUCCCGGCCCUCCCCCAGAGGCCUUGCACUAUUUUGGGUGGUGUAGACCCCGCCCCCACUCUGACUGAGUCCUGGCUCUCCCUCCCGCUGAAGGGGUCGCGUCGAUCUUGUUGGGGCUGCACUUGGGAUCAGGGCUGCCAGUCGCAACCGCAGUCAUGUCGGGCCGCACAGUGCCACAUGCCCACCCAGCCACUGCCGAGUACGAAUUUGCCAACCCCAGCCGCCUGGGCGAGCAGCGCUUCGGAGAAGGCCUCCUGCCAGAAGAGAUCCUGACCCCCACCCUCUACCAUGGCUACUAUGUCCGGCCUCGGGCCGCCAGAGCUGGGGAGGGCAGUAGGGCAGGGGCCUCAGAGCUCAGGCUCAGCGAGGGCAAGUUCCAGGCAUUUCUGGAUGUGAGCCACUUUACCCCAGACGAGGUGACCGUCAGGACUGUGGACAACCUGCUGGAGGUGUCGGCCCGGCACCCCCAGCGUCUGGACCGCCACGGCUUCGUGUCCCGAGAGUUCUGUCGCACCUAUGUCCUGCCAGCAGAUGUGGACCCCUGGCGGGUCCGAGCUGCCCUCUCGCAUGAUGGCAUCCUUAACUUGGAGGCGCCUCGGGGUGGCCGGCAUUUGGACACGGAAGUCAAUGAGGUCUACAUCUCCCUGCUCCCUGCGCCUCCUGACCCAGAGGAAGAGGAAGAGGUAGCCAGAGCUGAGCCCUGACUGUCCGCGGUAGACCCAGCACCCAGUGAAUCCCCUGUCUACAUCCCACGGCGAUUCCAGAAGUCCACCACCCCAGAGGUAGCAGCGUCCUCGGGGGAAGGGAUAGGUGUAUGGUCCACAGUGUAUGAUUUGGUCCUUUGAUGUACCAUAGCCUUUGAUUUAGUUCUGAGUGGAGCUGAAUAAACCCAAACCUUAGGG